UCAAGCUCCCAUAAUAGUGGAACUUAAGGCAUCCGCACUUCCAGUAAGACUAAAACAAUAUCCCAUGUCCCGGGAGGCUAGGCGGGGAAUCGCUAUUCACAUCAAGCGUUUGCGCGACUCUGGCAUUUUGAUCCCAUGCAAGUCGCCAUGGAAUACUCCGCUUCUUCCUGUCUGGAAGCCUAAUUCAUCCGAUUUCCGGCCAGUUCAAGACCUAAGAGCAGUAAACGCCAGGGUAAUGGACAUUCAUCCCACUGUACCCAACCCUUAUACUCUCCUUAGUCUGCUUCCCCCUUCUCAGGUGUAUUAUAUACAGUUCUGGACUUAAAAGAUGCCUUCUUUGCCAUCCCGCUGGCCCCACAAAGCCAGCCACUAUUUGCAUUUGAAUGGACUGAUCCUGAAGAGGGAAAAGCCGGACAGCUCACCUGGACGCGACUCCCCCAGGGAUUUAAAAAUUCUUCUACUCUUUUUAAUGAAGCCCUGCACCAAGAUUUAGAGCCAUUUCGGAUUUCCAACCCACAGGUAACUCUAUUGCAAUAUGUUAAUGAUAUCUUGCUGGUGGCCCCUUCUCAUUUAGAAUGCCUGAAUGCCACCAAAGGACUCUUGAGUCUUCUACAAAAACUGGGGUACCGAGUGUCAGCCAGAAAAGCACAGGUCUGUCGUACUGCAGUGACCUAUCUAGGUUACAACCUUAAAAAAGGUAAGCGCUACCUUGGUGAACAAAGAAUUCGGGCCAUACUCGAUAUUCCUCUGCCUAAAACUCACAAACAAGUCCGCGAGUUCCUUGGGGCGGCAGGCUACUGCAGACUAUGGAUACCUGGCUUUGCUGAACUGGCAGCCCCUUUGUAUGCCACCCUCAAAGGGUCUCCAGAAUCCUUCAUGUGGGGAGAGACUCAAACCAAAGCCUUCCAAGCCUUAUGAGAUGCUCUCAUGACCCCACCAGCCUUGGCCCUGCCAGAUCCCACCAAGCCAUUCCAUUUGUUUGUAGCCAAAAAAGGGGGGGUAGCCAAGGGAGUUCUGACACAGCGCCUAGGACCUUGGCGCCGACCAGUGGCUUAUUUAUCAAAACGGCUGGAUCCAGUUGUUUCCGUGUGGCCCCCAUGCAUUCGACAAAUUGCUGCCACUGCGCUUCUAGUUAAAGAUGCAGACAAACUAACCUUAGGGCAAGCAUUGUCUGUCACGGGGCCCCAUGAAGUGGAAACUUUACUGCGGGCUCCCCCCAGAGCGAUGGCUGUCAAAUGCUCGGAUUACCCAAUAUCAAGCAUUGCUACUUGACCAGCCCCGAAUACGUUUUUGUGCUCCCACAACCUUAAACCCAGCCACUUUGCUGCCUGAAGGACAGAAUCCCCCUUUACACUCUUGCCCAGAAACCUUGGCAACGAUCUCGUCCCUCCGCUCUGAUCUUACGGACAUUCCUUUACAUGACCCUGAUAUCAGCAUGUUUUCAGACGGCAGUAGUUUUGUGUUUCAAGGGCAAAGGUAUGCCGGUGCUGCGGUGACGACAGACCGUGAAGUUUUAUGGCAACAGACCCUUCCCCCAGGAACUUCAGCCCAACGCGCAGAGCUCAUCGCACUAACAAAAGCCCUAAAACUUGGAAGAAACAAGUCAGUUAACAUUUAUACGGACAGCCGCUAUGCUUUUGCAACCGUGUAUGUACACGGAUCCAUUUAUCAAGAGCGUGGUCUCCUCACAGCAGAAGGCAAGGCCAUCAAAAAUAAAGCUGAAAUUUUAGAUCUUCUAGCAGCCAUCUGGGAACCUGCGAGGCUGGCAAUCAUUCACUGCCCGGGACAUCAAAAAGGCAACUCCCUAGAGGCAGUCGGAAACUGCCUGGCUGAUGCAGCAGCCCGAGAAGCUGCCCUAACUAAAAGUGAAAGUGCCUUGGAGCUACCGAUCUUGACAGAGCCCCUGCUUCCACUGGAGCCCAGUUACACUCCUAAAGAUUUGGAGUGGAUUUCCAGAAAAGGGGGAAGUAGGAUGCCGGGACAAAAGUGGUUUCAGGAUCCUGAAGGAGACUUAGUCUGGGUCAAAAGGCACGAGCCUAAAACCCUGGAGCCGUGCUGGAAAGGACCACACACCGUGAUUCUGACUACACCCACGGCCGUGAAGGUAGAUGGUGUCCGAACCUGGAUUCAUCACUCUCAGGUUAAGAAAAACUGCUUGAAGGCGGGAACAACCAGACUGAUGCAGAACCAGAUAACAAAGAGCAAUGGAAGGUUCAAAGGCAUCCAGAAGAUCCUUUAA